AUGCCUAACGCGUAUAAUAGCAAUUUCGCAAAGCAAAGAAAGCGACGAAUGUCCGUAAUAGAUUCUGGCGCGAACAGUUGCGAGGAUGGAAAUAUCUCCUUCGAAGAUCAAUUCCGUGGAUUUGAGAAGUUUCCGACGGUGCAAGUAGAGCGUUUCGAAAUAUCUAAGUAUUUAAACGAUUUGAAAUCCAAAAUAAUGCACAUCCAAUCGGAAGAGACUUCGGAUAAAUUUCUAGAUCUGUCCAAGUUCACGCAGCACUGCUGUGUGCGGCUUGUUCGCAACGACUUGAACGAGCUGCGGAAUAUGCUCGCAACUAACCUACGCACGAAUAAGGAGAAUCUCUCUAACGAAAAUCUUGAAAACAAAUUCAAAUGCAACAUAUGCGCUAAAACAUACUGUAAUGAGAAAAAGCUGCUAAACCAUCAAGAGAACAAGCACUUAAUUGUGUAUAAACCUGUAAGCAAGCCACAAAAACGAGUCUCUUUCUCAGACCAAGUCAUUGUACAUGCAGCUGCCGAGUACCAUGCCUGCAGGAAGUGCAUAAAAGUCUUCAAAUCCUACACUGACCUGAAGGCGCACGCGAGAAAAACACAUAAAAAGCAAUGCGAUAAAAUCAACAGCCUAAGAGAGUUUGCCUGCGAAUCCUGCGAGGAGAAAUUCAAUGAUGAAAAUGAUAUGCUGCAGCAUAAACAGAUACAUUUCUAUGAUAUUAAUGACAAUAAGAAAGGACAGGAGCCUAAGCUAACACCUAAAACAUAUAAAAUCAGUGAUCCAUUACCAGAUGAAUUUAAACCACUAGUUGUAUUGCAAAGGCUGAGCGUUUGCAAAAAAACUUUAAAACAAUCCUUAGCACAUAUUAAACAAACAUACUCCCAUGGUAAACCGAAGGCAAUCAUUGAUACUAAGGCCAAGAAAACCCUCUUAUCUCAAUUUCAAUGUAUGCAUUGCCGCAAAUACUUUUCAUCCAAAAGUUCUAUGUUCCGCCACAUAGACACGCUACACAACCCUGACCCAUACCACUGCAAUGCCUGCGAAGAGGUUUUCUCGUCGCGAAGUCUUCUAUACUCGCAUAGAUGCAUCAGGGGUGCCAACAUUCCGGAGCCGUUUUUCGACGACGCGAGACCCGAAAUCCUCCUUAACGACCCGGGUGUAGACGAUGAUUCUGUGUUCUUUGAAAUUCCGGCGCCAAUAGUUGAAUUGAAAGAGUUUGACAAUUAUAAAGUUGUUGUAAACGAUGGUGUCGCAAAGGAUCCGUUACCUAUGUACGAGAUUGUAAUGGAAGAAGUGCCUAUUGAGUUCUAA